AUGGCUGCGACCACGGCCGCGCCGGCUCCGAGAGCUGAAGCUGGCAAGAGGCAUGCGGCUCUGCUUCUCAUCGGCGCAGCGCGCGCUUUGGUGUGGCCUGCCGUGUGUGAGAAUAUUAAGAGGAGGCUGGUGGACGGCUUGGCGAGACCGGUUCCCGGUGAAGAUUGGAAAGUGGACGUGUUCCUGUUUAUGGCCCUGGAGGAAGAGGAUGCCAAAUGGGGACGGAUGGCACAUGACUACGGCAGCGAACAGCUCAAAGCUUGCAGCAAGUUGCUGCGGCCCACGUACGUGCAGUUUAUGCCGCCGAGCUACCAGCCUGUCAAGCGCAACUGCAGCAAAGGCCACGAGCCAGCCUGGGACUCGAAGGACGUAAAAAAAGAUGUGCGAGGGCGUAUCUAUUCGCAGUGCUAUCGCAUCCAAGCGGCCUUUGACUAUCUCUUGGACGUCUUUCAGCCUCAGGCCGGUGUGAAGUACGACGCGAUCAUCCGGGCAAGGCCCGACAUCAUCUACUUGAAAGACGUACCCCCUCUGUCGAACUUCAACCUCUCCCGGCCGACGGCGACAGCGACAGCCAUGGCGGAUCAUUUUCACGUCAUCCACCCCGGUUGCAGGGGUCCCCUGGACCGCACUUGCCUGAGGUGCAAAGGUCAAAGCUUCGACCUUCUGUGCAGAGAAGCCGACUUCCAGCUCUAUCGGGAGUCAGGGAUUCAGUCCGUCGUCGCCCGCGAAAUGCCGAUGAGCCGGGCGAAAGAGCUCAAGGUAACACCCCCACGACGGAAGUCCAAAGAGUACGGCUUCCUGUUCUUGGAGUGUGAGAGGUUGGAUCGGAUCUUGGGGAAGCUGUACCCGGACCUGGUGAAGGAGAGCCUCCGCAACUGCAAGGCUCACAAGAAGUUCUUCCUGGAAUCUCCUUUGCCUGGUACCACCUAG